GGCGGGAGGCCACUCGAAGUCCCCCGCGUCAGGAGCCAACAUGUGGUUGAAGGUCCUGCUGGUGGAAUUAGUGCUUUGGACAGACGUGGCCCUCGGCCAGUGCCCUGGCCACGUGGACGCCAGAUCCAGGCCGUCCCCGUGCACUUGGGCGGGAAAGCAGCAGCAGUUCAAGUUCCUGGACUGGCUUAUCGGCGGCUGCGUCGCGGGCGCCAGCUGCAGCGCGCCCGCGGACCGCCACGUGGAGUACGAAGGCUACGACGGAUGGUACAACAACCUGGCCAAGCCCAGCCAGGGCGCUGUAGACACGCCGCUCCUGCGCCUCCUGCCCCCCGCCUACGAGGACGGCGUGUACCAGCCCGCCAGGAGGAAGGCCAACCCCCUUGAGGUGAGCGAGAAGCUGAUGCGCGGCCAGAACGGCAAGAUGUCGAAGGGCGGCCGGACAGCCUUCCUCCUGUUCUUUGGUCAGCAAGUUGUUGAAGAGAUACUUGAUGCGCAAGGCGCAGGCUGCCCGCCCGAGUACUUCAACAUCGACAUCAAGAGUGACCAUGACUUUGCGAAAAGUCCCAACCUCAAAGUUAUGCCGCUGCUACGCACUCGCUACGACAUGACCACAGGAUUCUCCCCAAACAACCCCAGACAGCAGCUGAAUGAGAUCACGCCAUACUUGGAUGGCGGCCUCGUGUACGGAACCAGCAAGGGCUGGGCGGACGCGCUCAGGACGUUCGCGAACGGCUCGUUGGCUCCAGAUGGCCUCCUAGCCUCACACGACGAGUUGGGCGAAGGGUUCCCUGCUGAGAACGCGCAGCGCCUCCCCUUGGCCAACCCGCCUCCGCCCACCAAACACUCCAGCUACGUCGCGCAGCAGGAGACGGCGAAAGUGGACCGUUUCUUCAAGCUCGGAAACCCUCGCGGCAAUGAAAACCCCUUCCUGCUGACGUUCGGCGUCGUGUGGUUCCGGUGGCACAACCACGUCGCCAAGUACCUCAGGAGUCUCCAUCGUGACUGGUCAGGUGAGAGAGUAUUCAAUGAAGCUCGUAAGUGGGUGAUCGCAACAUACCAGGCAGUGGUGUUCUAUGACUGGCUACCCAAGUACAUGCACACGUCCCUGCCCAAGUAUCAAGGUUAUCGGCCCACUGUAGACCCCCAAGUGAGCCACAUCUUCCAGUCUGCCGCGAUGAGGUUUGGCCACACACUGGUAACCUCUGGAGUGUACCUGCGGGAAAAGAACGGAAAAGGCUGCACCUCACUGCCCUUUGAGCUAACUGCGCCUGAGGGUUCCUCGCAGCGCCGUGUAGUGGGCGUCAGGACAUGUAACUCUUUCUGGAGAUCACCGGAACUCUUCACCCGAGACCCGUACAACUUUGAGCGGUUCCUGAUGGGCCUCAGCAGCCAGAGCACUGAAGAAGAAGACAACGUAAUAGUCGACGAUUUGCGCGGCCGGGUGUUUGGCCCGCUGGAGUUUUCUCGACGAGACUUGAUGGCCAUCAACAUCCAGCGUGGUCGCGACCACGGCCUCCCCGACUACAACACUGCCAGGAGGCACUUUGGGCUCGCCACGCUCGACUCCCUCAGCGCGCAGGAAUACAAGCAAAAGACAGGCACCCACGUCGAGGACCAGGUUCUGACGUCACUGCAGUCCCUGUACGACGACGACCCUUCCAGCGUCGACAUUUGGCCCGGAGGCCUCCUGGAGACGCGGAAUGGCCCCGGACAACUCUUCUCCAAAGUGAUCCUGGACCAAUUCGAGAGGAUACGCGAUGCCGACAGAUUCUGGUUCGAGAACAGCAAAAACGAUUUGUUUACACAGGAGGAAAGGGACCGUCUUGGGCAAGUGAGAAUCCUCGAUGUGAUCCUCUCCAUCACGGACCUCGAGCCGUCCGUCGACAUCCAGGAGGACCCAUUCACGGCCGUGAGCAAGGGCAACGGCGUCGGCGACAGUUGCACGGCGCUGCUAUCCGCGACAAAAAACUGCACACUCCAUAACAACGUCACCACGACCUGCAAGUAUCUGCCUCAGAUUUCGGACUCGAACGCCGAGGAGUGCACGAAGCCCGAGACCUACGACUACUUCUCAGGAUCCGAAGUGUCUUACAUUCUCGUAGUGUUCUUUUUGCUCGGACUUUGUUUUGCGACUGUGGUUGUUGUGAAGGUCAUGGCUGCUAUGAAAGUAAAACGCCACACCAAGAAAGCCUUUUCAUCGUUCAAAAUCCAGGAAGGUUCUCACAAAGCAAAAGAGCGCGUGGCUUUCAGGGAGAGUCGGUACGUGGUGGUCCGGCUGGAGCAAGAGUCGCGUCGCAUCGAAGUGACCGGGACGGGGCAAGAGCGACUGCGGAUUAUCGAUCUCAGCAAUGUGCAAGAGAUGAAGGUUCGUCACCUCCAGGAUUUCACACAGAUGAUAAUCUGUGUCUCUAACCAUUAUGACCUGUUUCUGAGUUUCGAAGAUGGCUGGCAUGCAAAGAGACUGCACAAGGAGUUGACUGAAUUCUGCCAGAACCUUGGCAUAAGUUUAACUUUGAGCCCAGAGUCCAAGACUUCGCUACAGUUUGGUAUAGUUACAGUCAAGGAGAGGGAAAAACAACUGGCCGAUUUUUCGAGGGUUGUUCUUUCCAACGCAUUUGGUUCCAGCAAGCAAGCGGACGUGGCAGCAAACCUAAUUGCCAUGGGUAGUCACAACAAAAGUUACUUCCUAUCCAUGGAACUUACACAGGUAGAACUUGCCAACCAAUUGGGGAUGUUACCUGACUCCGUCUUCGUUAAACAGCUCUUCCGGCUGAUGGACCAGGACGGCAAUGGUUUCAUAACACUUAAGGAAUUUUGGGACGUGAUGGUUGUCUUUGCUCGCGGGAAGCCGGAGGAGAAAGCUAGGCUCAUCUUCAACAUCUACGACAUCUCCCGCACAGGCCAGUUGUCUGCGCCGGACUUGGUAGGCAUGGUCAGGUCUACCCUGGGAAGCGAAAGCAAGAACCAGGACCUCAGCCACAUCGUGCAGACGAUGCUGCAAUCCGUUGGCGUCCUUGCUGACCAGUCCAUCAACUUUGAACAGUUCCAAAAGAUAUUCAACACGAGGAGUGACGUCUUUAACCACGUUCAGAUUGAUGUGCUGGAGAUGUCGCGUAAAAGUAAUUCUCGCUUCAGCCUCUAUGGUGAGAUCCCCACAGGAGGUUUCGCUGCCGAGGCGGCACGGAAGGAGUACGACGAGGCUCGCCAGGAGAUGCUGACCCAGGAGGAAAGUGAUGAAGUUCCGAAGGGCAAAUUGUGGUUGGGCGUCGAGCUGUCCGAGAGCCUUCGGUCCAUCGUGAACAACAUCAAGAACAAGCAGCAGACCCUUUUCUGGGGAACAUUGUAUACUAUCGUAAUGCUGCUCAUAUUUGCCGAGAGGGCCUAUUAUUACACGAUAGAGCGCGAGCACGCCGGUCUCCGCCGCAUUGCUGGUCUGGGCGUCACCGUCACCAGAGGAGCUGCAUCAGCCAUGAUGUUCACCUACUCCACGCUCCUCGUCACAAUGUGCCGCAAUGUACUGUCGUUCCUACGGUCAACAAUGUUGCAUCGCAUUUUUCCAUUCGACAAUAUGGUGGAUUUUCACCGAUACAUCGGAGCCUGGGCCCUGUUCUGGACGCUGGUGCACAUCAUCGGGCACUGCAUCAACUUCUACCACAUCUCCACGCAGACAGCCAUGGACCUGGCUUGUAUUUUUAGGGAUUUCUUUAGGAGUACUCACGUGUUACCCAAGUUCCACUACUGGUGCCUGCAGACCAUCACGGGCCUCACGGGCGUCUUGCUUACCAUCCACACUGCCGUCAUAUACGCUUUCGCGUAUUUUGCUCGACGGCACUUCUUCUGGCUCUUCUGGCUCACACACAACACGUAUCCUGUCUUCUACGUGCUCAUGGUCUUCCAUGGGUCUGGCAGGCUCGUACAGCCUCCACUCUUCCACUUCUUCUUCCUCGGCCCCUGCCUCCUCUUCGUCCUCGACAAGUUGGUCUCCUUCUCGAGAAACAAAAUCCAGAUUGACGUGAAGAGCGUGACGCACUUGCCAUCCAACGUGACGCUGCUCGAGAUCCGGCGUCCGCCCAACUUCAGCUUCCAGUCGGGGCAGUGGGUUCGGAUUGCCUCCCUGGGCAUCAGCAGCAAGGAGUACCACCCCUUUACCCUGUCCUCUGCGCCCCACGAGGAGAACCUGACGCUGCACAUCCGCGCCGUUGGCCCCUGGACGAACAAGCUCAGAAAAAUCUACAAGGACAAAGCCACCUUGCAGAAGGGAGAGAAGUAUCCACAAGUUUAG